ACCUUAAGAUUAGGCCACCUGUUCAAAUAUGUGUCCCAUUUUCAAACGUUUUCUUGUUCCUUCAUUCAUACCCUUUACUUUCCACCAUUGAAGAAAAGCUAAGAACCCUUUUUAACAUUCCCAAUUUCCAAUCUCAGUUCCAAAUUUUAAACUUCCAAAAAAAAAAAAAAAUCAAUACAUCAAGAAUUUUAUGGUAAAAUCCAUGGCAAAAGUUUUAAUCCCAUCACCUUUGAAUUAUAGGGCUUUUUCCAAGAAAUCAAAAGGUAUAAAUCCCAAUUCCUUUGGGAUUUCUUUAUCAGCAAAUAACAAUUUUUUUGGUCGUAAUAUUUCCCUAAGAGGACCCUUAAGCAUGCGCAAAUUCAAUAUAAGAAAUCCCAGAUCAGCAGCUGCCACUGCCCAGAUGAGCAUUGGAAUCAGGAAAGCUCCAAAAUGGUGGGAGAAAGGUCUUCAGCCUAACAUGAAAGAAGUGACUGGUGCCCAAGACCUUGUUGACUCCCUCGUAAAUGCCGGCGACAAACUAGUGAUUGUUGAUUUCUUUUCCCCGGGCUGUGGAGGCUGCAAAGCCCUUCAUCCAAAGAUAUGUCAGUUAGCAGAGAUGAAUCCGGAUGUGCAGUUUUUGCAAGUGAACUAUGAGGAACACAAGUCGAUGUGUUACUCUCUGAAUGUACAUGUCCUCCCAUUUUUCCGUUUCUAUAGGGGGGCUGAAGGUCGUCUCUGUAGCUUUAGCUGUACCAAUGCCACGAUCAAGAAAUUCAAAGAUGCAUUGGCAAAGUAUGGUGCAGAUUGUUGCAGCCUUGGACCAGCUAAAGGGCUCGAGGAGAAAGAGCUACUUGCACUAGCAGCUAACAAGGAUCUCUCUUUUGCUUACACACCAAAACAAGAAGAACCAGUACUUGUUGCCUUACAAGAAGAUAUGACGAACAAAACGAGCAGAACAUCUUUAUCUCAUCCAAAUGCAUUUCCCCCUUUACCACUUCCUCGUCCUCUUCCCCUCGCAUCAACUUCACAUAAAGUGAUACAGGGCUCAAAGAGUGAAGCUUGUUAAGAAAAUGGACGUUGGCCUAACUCAAACCCAAAAGUUAGCUGAUGACUUGAAAAUUUUUCAAGACCGUGUAAGGAGAAACCGCCCAUUCCCUCAAUCAAAAUGAAACAUUCUAGCAACCCGUGGCACGCCCACAACCGGACAUGUGGAGCGUGGAUUCUGUAGAAUGGGGAGCAAAUUUUGAGUAAGUUGGAAAAGAGAUGGCUCUAGCUGUAAUAUUAAAAAGUGGCAUCGGACCUAACUCAAAUCCAAAAGAGUAGCUCUUGAUGGGAAAAUGCUCAGGAACAUAUAAGAGAUAAUAGUUCAUUCCCCAACUAAUGAGACAUUCUAACAAAGCCUUGGCCACUUACUGUGGAUGACAUUAGUACAUCUAUUUUGUGUUUUCUUAUGUAUAUAAUGUUGUUGGAGAGAAUAUGAAAAUGAUAUAUGUACUAUCAAAAAUGUGACUUUCAUACAUAUUUUCUAUGGUAUUUGGCCUCUAUACGAGCCAAAGCAACAGGGACUGUGCCUUCCUUUUGCCUAGGAUAUGAAAAUGAUAUAUGUACUAUCAAAGAUAUGAUUUCUCUA